UUGGAUAGAAGGGUGAAGGAAACACUGGAUUGUCUCUCUAGGGCAAAAAGUAGACGGAGCAAAUUCAGAACGCAGAAUUUAGAUGUCGCUCCCGGCUGUAUUUCAAUGUCAGUGUUAAUGGAAUAAAAAGCGACCGCCUGGGGCGGGGACGGAUGUCAGGGACCUCUGGAGCCCGGUGAAUGCUUUUGUAGUCACAGCUCGGCUCCCCCCUCUUCUCUCGGCUGGUGGGCCGGCCCGGGAGGGGGCGGGGCCGGCAGGUGCCUUCAUGAAUAACUUAAACGACCCUCCCAACUGGAACAUCCUGCCCAAUCGGCGCGAUCCCGGGGAUGACGGCAGCCGGUGGAAUUACGCCCUGCUGGUCCCCAUGCUGGGCCUGGCCGCCUUCCGUUGGAUCUGGACCAGAGAAUGUCAAAAAGAAAUAGAAAAAGAGAAACAAGAAUACUACAAAAAGGAGUCAACUUUACAAAAAGACCUGGAAGGCAAAUACCGGGAUAUAAUCACGGAGAAUCGUCGUGCUGUUGCUCACUUGGAGGUGGAGCUGGAAAAGGAACGCAACAGGACCCUGAGUUACCGGGAAGCCCUCGUGUCCCAGAGCCGCAAACUAGUGGAAGAGAGAAAGCUCCUAGAGCAGGAGCAGGUGAAGCUGGAGCUAGAAAAACAAGUCCUUUUGAACUCAGGAGCAGAAGGUACCUUGUACCAGAGCUGCCUGGCAAAGGAAGAAGAGUGGCAACAGAGAGCCAAUAUUUUACUAAAAGAAUUGGAAGAGGGACUGAAAGAAAGRCAGGACAUCUAUUGCAGUAUUACUGUACCCAGAAGUCAGAGACUAGAAAUAGAGAAAAAUCUGCUAGUUAAAGCAGCAACUAAUCCUGUUGCUAUGGCUUUAGAUGUGGAGAGUGGCUUAAAAGAUAUUUUCAAACAUGAUAACUACUGUGGCAAUGUGCUGAGCAAAACCAGAAGUCAAAACGGAAAGCUUAUGUGGCUGUAUUUGAGAUACUGGGAACUAGCUGUUGAACUGCAGAAAUUCAAGAAGGUAGAAAAGGCCAUGUUAGGAAAACGCUAAGCAGGGGAAACAGUGGGAUUCYGUGUGAUCCACCAUGUUUGGUAGGGACAAUCAUGGUUGUAGUCCAAAGCUGUUAAAUUMUUCUGCUGUGUUGCCAUCUCUUCUCCUCCUUGCACUUGUAUUUGCAUGGGACAUGUGCGGUGCUGGUGCCUUUCCUCUCACUAACAGCAGAUGCUCUGGUGAGCUGUGCAUGCUCUUAAACCCCGUGAGUGUGUUUGUGUUGCAGUAUAGAGAUACGACAACUCCCACAGGUAUCAGAAGCAGCAAAACAACUCAGUGUAGGGGGAUUUGCCUCACUGAUGGUCACRCUCCAUCAACAGAGAAGUGUGGUUUGUCUCUCCCAUGUGAGGUAGCACAUGGUGCUCCUUCUCCCUCACAUUUUACAUGGUGUCUCAACAGUCUUUUUUUUUAUUACAGUUAUUUUUUUUAUUGUUUAAGCAAGACUGAUUUUGAGGCAGGUGUUUCGAAGAGAUGGUAUUGGAGCCGKCUGCUUGACAUAUAAAUCCUGCGUGUCUGUAUGCACAAUUAUAUAAAUACAUAUAUAUGUGUGAAUGUGUGUGUAUGUGUUAGUAUUCAGGAGGGGAGAAUAGUUUGAUCCUUUCUCAGAUUAAUUGRUCUUGCAUUGUCUUCCAGUUUAAUAUACAGAUAGUGCUUUAUGAAUUAAACAUCCAAAAGAUGCUAAUUCAAAUGACACGUAAAGGAGCAGACUGAUGUCUCAUUGGCUCUUGGGAUCCAUUCUCAGAUAUGAGGGAGUAUAUCAACUGGAAGUUUUAUUUUCAUACAUUGGAUGUACCUUAAGAAUACCWAUAUUUCUUUCAUAGCUGAGGUUUUAGUUGUAACUCAACAAUGUGUCACCAUUUGGAUGUCCCCCUGCUGCUGCCUCUGUCUCCCAGGGCACUGGCURCCACCUGGUUUGCCUUCAGGAACCUCCUUGCCAUUGCACCUGGCCCUGCUCCUUGGACAGGUCCUGUUUGUUAUUUGCAGAUGGGAACCUAAAUGCAGCCUGCACUGGUAGCCACUACUCCCUCUCUGACUGUCUCCCUUCUCCCAGAACUGAAGUACAUACUCUUUUUGCACUUCUUAAAUUUUGUGCUUGUGGUUCACUUUACAUGCACGUGACCAUGAAAGCCGACAGAUAGACAAGUUUUGCAAACUUUCUUAAGAAAGGCGUCUUGUUCAUUAAGUGAGUAAAAUAAAGUGGGUUUGGUAAAAAUAAAAUAAUAUGUACCGUAAAAUAAUACAGGAAAAUAAAUGGAUCCAGAUUAAAAAAUCCAACAACAAAUAAAUUUUAAAAACCUAGUGCAUUYCAAUACCUGAAAUUUCUUAGAACUUUGAGUAUACUUAGGGUCCUUUCAGUGCUAGGAACCACCUUCUUUUUAAAAUGUGCCAUGCAUUUCAAGUAAUAACUUCUUUCUUCCUCCUUUCUAACCCAGCCUUAGACUUCAAAGGGGCAGUGUUUACCCUUUUGUUUAUAUCCUCUAGUUUUCUCUGUUACUUGACUUUGAUCAGUGUUGGUAGGUUGUCAGUCUAUUAAUUAGCAGUUUGAUAUUUACUGAGGGCUAGACUUGACAAACRUAUUUUCUCUAGGCAAUCACCUAGAACCAUGGCUUGGGAGCAGUCCAGCUAAGUGAAUGCCCAUCCUCCUGCAGAUGUGGGGGAUUUUCUCUUGCUAUUUUCUCCUUGUUUCAUUUCAGUGUGAGCACAGAAGACAGCAGAUAAAUCUUUUGAAAUAGUAUGUGCAUCUUAAUCCAGUUACUAAGCAGAAAUAUCUAACAUAACAAAAUUCCAGCCAGAUGUUUCCUAACUACCUGGUUUUCCAGUUGUAACUUUGCUCACCUUGAUAGUAGUAGUUUUUUUGCUGUGUUGAUUUAUUAGUCUUCUGUAUACUAUUUUUU